CUCGGAUGUCCCAGCACUAAGGGGCCACGGGAAGGCAGGGGCAGACAAAUGGCUCCAGAUGGAGCAGGCAGGAAGGCCAUCAGCCCCAGGGGCUUUCUCCCAAUCGGAGCCACUCCUCAAAGGCAGGGCCCGGCCGCAGCUUCAUUUUGUUCCUGAGAAACCACCAUGGGCCCCAUGGAGCUGCUGUGCCCUGGGCCGGCCAAAGGCCUAAAGCACUUCUCCCGCGAUGACCUUUGCCACCAGUCUGGCUCGGUCUCACCCGGACCCUGGCAAAGAGCUUAGCCGGGCUCCUGGCCCCCGCUCCACCAGUGGAGACCAAAGGACUCUAACAGUCCACAAAGGGCCUGGGGGAAAGCUGGGGGGAGGAGUCAAUGUGCUGCCUGCCAGGAUGCUAAAAUGACCUUUGGCCUGGAAAAAGCUGGGGGAAAGGGAUCCUCAGGUCAAAAUAAUCGUCUCUGAGGAGUCAAAGGAGCAUCACGCAGGAGGCACCUGGGCUGGCGGCCAUCUCUAGGGCCUCAUGUGAUUCUGGCUCCCUUGGACAGCUGGCCACUGGGUCUUUCCUAACUGGGUAACCCUGCCAUUCAACAAGGAACCAAAAGUAGUUUUCUCGGGCCGGCGGCACCUGCUCCUUGGAAGCAGCGACCCUGAGUGGAGAAGGGGGAAGAGUGCUCAAAUGUGGCCAAUGUGAGGGCUGCGUGAUGGGGGAAGACGGGAAAUGAGGUGGAAUGGACACACAAAGCUGGGCGGCUCAUGCAAUGUCCACUGCGGGUAGGGCCAUGCUGAGUGAUGGGUCGGGUGGAGAAAUGUCAGAGAAGGGGGCCCAGGGUAAGUGGGGCAUCUCUGCCUCUGUAAGCCCCUCCCACUACCUUCGCAGGCCCCUUCCCCACAGACUGGCCCCACUCCAUGGGUCUCCUCUUUCUUCGAAAGCCCCUCCUCAUUCCCACUGCCCGCCCGUUGGGGAAGCUCUCCUCCCCCUCUCUCCAGCCCGUGGCUGUUCAUGUGAACACAUUCCCCGUUCUCCGACUAGAAUUCCAAGAAGAUGAGAACCGAGUCCUGCACCUCCAGCUCAGGGCCUACAGAACCGAACCUUAAUAUGUCUGUUGAGUCAAAGGGGGAAACUGAGACCCCCUUCUGGAUUCUUUCAGGAACCAGAGAGGAUCGUUCCCCCUUGGGUGACUGACUUCCCAACAACAGGGCCAAGAUCCCAAAGGCGGUGGGCGAGGGAGCUGCCCUCUCCCCACAAUUGCCUCUUGGUUCUAGAGCCCUCCGGCCAUUCUGGUGCCCACUGUGCCUCCUCCUCCCGCGUUCUAGAACUGCCUGCCCCCAGUGAGGUGUGUGGUCCGGCUCUGCUGCCAUGCGCUGGCGUGACAGGAUCUCGGUGCUCUUCUUCCCGCAGGGGGUGGUGCUGACGCUGGCCGCGCUGCUGCUCUUGAUCCUGCACGUGAGCAUCUUUGCCAAUGACGUGCACCACUUCUGCAUCACCCGCAACUUCAAUUACAUGAGCUUCCGCAGCACCAUCAUCCUCCUGGUGAGUGAAGGGGGUGCAGGGGGCCGGGGCCGGGGCCGGCGGGACCCUUCCUACAGCUCGUGGGGGCGCCAGUUCUCACAGGUGAUGAGCAUCUGGUGGGCCUCCCUGGGGUCACUCUUCGCAGAGCUGAUCGAAGAUAGGGUUCUGAAAUGUUUUUCCCUGACCAUCCUGAUGCUCAACACGGCCAUGUUCAUCAAUCGCCUGACCUUGGAGUUCCUCACCAUCAACUACCGGGAGGAGAAGCAUUGAGAGGCUGGUGAGGUGCUAGCGCCAGGGAAGGAAAGGCCUUGGCUCAACUUUAAUAAAGUCUGUCAUUUAUUUUCAA